AUGCUCUUCGAAAAUUUGCAAUCUGGCACAAUAUUUUCUCGGAGAGUUUUCAGUAAUAAUAGUCGUCGCCUCUUAACUGGUUUGGCCGGAAUUCAGCUGGGCGCUGCUGUUGCAGUUAUCUCAGACAAGGAACUUAAUAAGAAGCCUAGCUGGUACCCCUUUUUACUAUUUUUAACUCAGGCAAUAACGCUGAAGGAACUUUAUUUAAUGCCGGCAGAAUCCUUAGAAACUAGUCCAAUGCUGCAUUUUGCAUCUAACUUACAAUUCUUCAAAAAGUAUAAAGAUGCUGUCCACGAACUUGAAUUGGCCAUAAAGCGAACCAGUAAUUACAAUAUUAUUGAAAACGAGUCUGUUGUUGAUCAAGCCAAAAAUGCCUUAGAGAAAUUUGCGAACUUGAACAAUCCUGAACUGUUGUGGCGCUUAACUCGUGUUUUGGUUGAGAAGGCAGAACUGGCGGCCAACGAACGCGACAGAGAAGCAUAUUUAAGAGAGGCCGUCAAAGUUGGCAGUAGAGCUGUUCAUUAUGAAGCCAAACCACUCGCAGGUAUCCACAAGUGGUAUGCUAUGGCCUUGGUUAAGUUGAUGCGAUAUGAUAUGAGACUUCGAAGAUCCAGUCGACAUCUUGUGCUAGAACAUGUGCAAAAAGCUUUAGAUUUAAACCCGCUUGAUCCUUACGUAUGGCAAUUUCUAGGUGUAGAAAAACUCUACCAUAAAAAUUAUGAAGAAGCUCUGAAGUGUUUUGAUAAGGCUGAAGAAUUGCAGCCGGAAAUUGGAUCAGCGAACCACUAUUACAGGGGUAAAACCUACUUGGUAUUAAAAGAUAAAGCGAAAGCGAUUGAUGAGUUGAAGGCUGUUUUUAAAGCUCCAGCGAGAUGCAGGGACGACCUACGUGCUCGAAUCGAUGCAAGAGGAAUGCUUAAUAGGCUUAAAAUAGACCGAGAAGAUUACGAUCCAAUUGUGAAACCGUACUAA